CAUUUCUAGGAUAGCAUAAACUGUGCGUGUUUGAAGCGCCAAAAUUAUUCGUUUUUCUCGUUGUUCUUUAAUUAAAAGCCAAAUAUAAUAAUUAACACAUAACAGAGAAUAAGUGCAAAUAGUUAAGGAUUUUGUACUGGUUGUAGUCAUGUCAUUCUUUGGGGGCAAUACAUCGCUUGGCGCAACAAGCACGCCGGCUAAACCGGGCGGCAUGUUUGGUUCAGCAUUUGGUGCCCCAACUACUGCUGCGGCGCCGGCUUUUGGUAGCACAAUGUCUGCACCGCCGUUUGGUAGUGCACCCACUGCAUUUGGUGGGGCGGCAACAGCUGCAGCACCUGGUACAGUGGGCGGUGGAUUUGGUGGUUUUGGCACAGCAGCGCCGACAACUCAACCCGGUUUAUUCGGCGGAUCCGCCAUCAGUCAGGCACCACCCGCAUUUAGCGGUUUUGGACAGCUGCCAAGCACCAGCAGUGCCCCCGCUAGUGGGUUUUCAGGAUUUGGAGCGACAACGACGACAGCACCAGCGUUCGGCGGCUUUGGUGCCAGCCAACCGUCGACAUUUUGCGGCGGCAGCAGCUUUCAAUCCGCUUUUGGUAAGCCAGCUACAACGACUGUGACGCCGGGAUUUGGUGGCUUUGGCGGAACCAAUUUUAUGCUAGGGCAGCCACAGCAACAGCCUGUGCCUAUUUCAUCGGAUGAGGCCUUUGCACAGUCCAUUCUGAAUGUAUCCAUUUUUGGGGAUGAGCGCGAUAACAUUGUGGCCAAAUGGAACUAUCUGCAGGCCAUGUGGGGCACGGGCAAAUUGUUUUACUCACAGAGCGCUGCGCCGGUGGACAUUACGCAUGAGAAUUACCUGUGCCGUUUCAAGGCAAUCGGCUACAGUCGAUUGCCCGGCAAGGAUAACAAACUGGGACUCGUUGCUCUUAACUUUAAUCGAGAACUGUCGAUCGUUAAGACACAACAGCAACAAAUUAUACAAACGCUACACAGUUUAAUGGGAAGCAAGCCGAACCUUUUAGUACAUAUCGAUGUGAUGAAAGAAUUGGAAAACAAAAAGUGCCAGAUGGUCAUCUACGUGGAGGAGAAACUGCAGAUAUCACAUGGGCCAAUUGAUAGCAAGCGCAUACUUGCCACGGAGCUGGCAAGUUAUUUGGGCCAGGGGACGGUGAAGGCACAGUUGAACAAUCUGGGCAUUACAGAGGCUUUGGCACUCACCCAGCCCGAUGAGGAUCAACUGAAGGAGUAUCUAGAGAAUCCCCCGCGCAGUGUUGAUCCACGCAUGUGGCGUCAGGCUAAUUUAGAUAAUCCGGAUACCAGUCAAUUUAUACCGGUGCCCAUGAUUGGUUUUGGCGAUCUGAAAUGGCGUGUUAAAUGUCAGGAGCAGGAGACAGAUACGCAUGCUCUCUACAUGAAAAAGGUGGAAGGUGAAUUACAAGAACUGCGGCGACGACACGCGGCCGCAACAGCCAAAAUAAUGGAGCACAAACGUACAUUAGCCGAAAUGAGUCACCGCAUAUUAAUGAUCGCUGUGAAACAGGAAUGCACACGGAAAGUGGGCAGCACAUUGACGCCAGAGGAGGAGGCAUUGCGCACAAAGCUUCAGAAUAUGCAGGCAGUCGUCUCGGCACCGACACAAUUCAAGGGUCGGCUCAGUGAACUGCUCUCGCAGAUUCGAAUGCAGCGCAAUCAAUUUGCCACAAAUGGCUUUCUUGAAUACGCACUUGACAAGAACGCGGAGGAUGGCAUGAUAAAUAUAUUGACCAUGCAGCAGGGUGCCAUGAAAGUGCUAAAAGACACUGUGACUAAGGAUCUGGAAGCACUGGAUAUUAUUAUAAAAGGCUUACCCGAGUUACAGCAAACAUGAUACUCCAUACGACUUGUGCCGAAAUUAUGUAGUUGUCUGUCCAAUAUAGAGUCAAUCAACAAGAUGUAAUCGUUA